AUGAAUAUCGAGCUGCCGCCGAUUCAUGAUGUGGUUCCGAAUGCGGAUCUCUCAACCCAUGGGACUAGGAAGGAACUGUCUAUCAGAACAGGCAGAAACCCAGUCCCAACAUGGGAUGAGAUGAGUCCUACCAUCGAGAAGACAUUUAGCUCGGCUCUAGAUGAUUUUUCUCGUGGUCCUCUCACUGGAGAAUCGGCUCUAGCUGAGGGAUUUAUCCCUCAGUCGGAGAAUGAUGCUGAAGCUACAUACGGCUCCAUGAGUGCACCAGCUCCGGCCCCUUUGCUCGAUAACCCAUCAGAGCCCCAGGGCGCUCAGAAUUUUGAUUCGUCUGCUGAGGGAAUGGGAGACUCGCGUGCCUCUUCAUUCCCUGCAUCAGUGGCAAUGUCAAUGACCAUGGAGAAUUGGGGACCCGGUUCUUCCAAUGAAAGAUUUCCAACUUCUGUUUUCCAGGUCUUCCCCUCGGGCAACGAUUUCUUUCAGUCUUGUCAGCAAGACUUGCCAUUCUCUCAGGUUGCUCUGGGUGAUCCCCUGGUACACUUGGAACAAGGUCAGAUAUUUGACGCUUCCGCUGCGCGGCCAUCCAAUGAGGCUAAGCCCUCCAUGGAGAAUGGCCGAUACCCUGUGAGUCCUGCUAAUGAGCACUGA